CCAACAGUAGACCCGAACCCGCUUUUCUCUCUUUCUUCUUCUUAGCGACUCUGUGUACUCACUUAUUUUUCAAUCCCAGUUCUUCUCUGGUUUCUCAAUCAAACGCCAUGGAUUCUCAGACCCAGAACACGUCGUUGCAGAGGCUUCAAAAUGUGGAGAAGAGAAUCGUGAAGGUUUUGGAGCUGGCCGGAAGUGUUAUGGACGAGCUUGCAAACCCUACUGGUCCCAGAAGGGAGGCCAUCAACAACCAUGUUCGCGAGUUCAUGCAAUUGAUCAAGGAUAUUCAAGUGGCAUUGCGGGAUGAAAUCAAAAGUGCGUGUGAUUACCGUCCAUUUGAGAAGUGUGAUUACAGUUCGAGAAUAGCUAACGAGAUCUGUUGCAAGAAACUGGAAUAUGUCAUGUCACAGUUGGAUGGAAUGAAGGAAACAAUCGAUGAUUAUCAUACUGCGGUUUGAAGAUGCGUGGCAGACAAUGUAAGAUGGUGAGAGUUCCGACUGUCAGGUUUCUCCUCACAAAGGAUUGAUAAGAAAUUAAGAUUAUCUGGUAUUGCUGUUACCAGUAGACAUACUUGAUUAGCUUAGUCUGAGAUAGCUUGUUGGAUUUAAUUAUCUUAGUCUGAUGUUUGUGAGAUUGAGGCCGAGUAGGUUGAUACCUGAUAGUCAUAGUGUACGACUUUCUGUAGUCAUCAUAAUUGGGUAGGAGUUAUGAAUUGGUUGUAAUUUUUUCCUUUUUUCUUUCUUCCCUCCUGUAAUGAUGUUAUGAUUCCUACGAGUAAAAGGUUUUCUCACCA